CAAGAAUCACCCAUGUCAAACCUGAAAUUGUCUCUGGAAUGACCAGUAUAAUAAUCCACAGGGAUGGUGGGAACCCCUCAUAAUGGGCACAACGGGGUGUACAGACCCGGGAACUCAGCACAGGGAUGGUGGGAACCCCUCAUAAUGGGCACAACGGGGUGUACAGACCCGGGAACUCAGCACAGGAUGGUGGGAACCCCUCAUAAUGGGCACAGCGGGUGUACAGACCCAGGAAACUCAGCACAGGGAUGGUGGAAACCCCUCAUAAUGGGCACAGCGGGUGUACAGACCCAGGAACUCAGCACAGGGAUGGUGGGAACC